AUGACUACCAACAUGACUACCACACCUCCCACCAUGCGUCAGCGCCUCGAGAGCCUUCCACAAGAGCUCUACGACCAAAUCUACAACCUCACCUUCACCGCCGAGCCUGGCGAGCGCAAGAUCCGCCAGAGUCAGAGACUUGGCUACCACGUCCUUUCCGGGCGGCAAAUAAAAACAGGAGGCGAGUCUGGCAGACCGUUCUGUGGUCAUGACAGCAUCAAGCUCUUCCUCAUCGACCGUGCUAGCAGCCGUCUGUUCGCAAAGUCUUACUACGGCGGCCGUGGGGCAGUCUUCACCCUCAACGGCAACUUCGAUUGCAGGAGAUGGCUGCAAGACCUCAGCCACGAGCAUCGGCAGAUGCCUCAGGACAUUCGAGUCGUCGUUUCGACCGUUGAACUGGCAAGGUCGGUCAGAAUGUAUCUGGAGUCCGUUUUCGGGAUGCGGAUUGCGAGCAAGCUGCGGGUUGGGUCCGCGAAGAAGGUUCUACGCGAUCUCGUGGAGUACAAGGACCAGGAGCUCGCAGGCUACUGGCCAGCGUAG